UUCAGCACUGUGAAUUGAAUGUUGCUCAUUGUUGUUAUUGUUGCUCACGGAGGAGUUUACUAACUUUUUCCGCAUAUUUAAUGCACAAAGAGUAUCGCGAGUGUUGCAAUAAUUAGCCAAGCGCGAUUUACAUAACCAACUGACCAAUAAUUUGUAACGAAAAUGUAACCAAUUGUUAACGGAGUGCAUGCAAAUUGUAAAAGUUGCGUAUGGCAGCAAAACGAAAGAAGAAAAAUUGCAAACGACCAACAACGACGAAGACACCACCCACACAACAUACAAAAAAAAUUCAAAACUAGCGUUUUGUUUUCACACUUAAUCAGUUCCUAUUAACGCAAGUGGCGUGUCGUUUUGAAUAAAGUUGCGUAAAUUGCGCACAGAUUGUGCGUUGUUAUUUGUAAAGCUGCCGCAAUUAACGGAAUUAUUUUACGUGCAUUUGCUCGCAAAACCCCACCGACGAUAAAAACAACAAUAACAUCAACAGCAACAGGAGAAGAAGGAGAAAGAAAAGGAGGAAAUCGCAAGCAUUUGGCGCUUGGCCAUGUCAUGUGGCGAGAAUAGCGACAGCUGCCGCAUAAAAGACGUUAACAACAACGUUCACGGCUGAGGGCAACAAUAACAACAGCAGUGGCAACAACAACAACAAUUAUUAUUGCCAGUGCCAGACGUUGUUAAACGCUUCCGACCAGCGCCCAAUCCCAAUCCCCCCAUCGCCAGAGCAGCAGCAGUGUCCACAAUGGGUGGGCAACCCACUUCUAUUAGUCACUAAAACGUGCCGUCAAAAUGCGAACUGUGGAGACGACAGCCAUCAGUUCAGGCUGAGCAGCGAUGUGGCGACAAAUUACACAACGUAGUCGAGCAACAAACUUAACGCUGAGCAUUUUCAAGUCAAAGUUGGUCGUCUCGUAAACAAAUCGGAAUUUAUUGCGCCACCAUAUCGAGCAAUAUUUGCAAUUGGCAAUGAUUAAAUUUGUUUAACUGGAAUUGCAUCGAUUGAAGUCCAAGGCAGCGGCAAACAGACUGCAAUAUGUUCAAAAUACGUCAGAGGAAUUGCAUGCUAAUUGCCACGGUGCUCAUACUCGCGCCCUGCAUUGUGAUAUUGAUGGUCUUGGGUCCAGAACUAUCCACCGAACAAUCGCUGACACAACGCCUGGCCGAGUGUCACAUGCGAUUGCAGUACCUCGAGUCGAUGUAUCGCGCCCGCCAGGAGGAUGUUUCACUGCUUUCUCAGUACUUGGGUCAGCUGCAGUUCACCAAUGGCAGCGGGAAUGUGUCGAACGUGAGUCCACCACCGCAAUCGGUGGCCAACUUUUUGGAUGCAUUGAGUCCGGAGGCACGUCAACUGCUGCGCAAUGCAUCGCAUGUGACGAAAACUACCGGCACAACGACCACGCGUGGCUAUGUGCCUGUCCACAACAUCCGGCUGCCCAAUGCCUAUCAUUUUCUGCCUCAUCUGCUCGACGAUGCGGGCUCACUGCGUCCCGCGUAUUUGAGGAGCAAAGGACGCUGCGAUGUGAGUAUUGUGCUUGGGAUUCCAACAGUGCAUCGCGAGAAGCAAAGCUAUUUGCUGGGCACACUACACAAUCUCAUCGAGAACAUGAACGAUGAGGAGCAGAACGAGACACUCAUCAUUGUGUAUAUUGGAGAAACGGAUAUCGAAGCGGUGCAAAUGAUUGCCAAACAAAUUGAGUCAAACUUCGAGUCGCAAGUCGAGAGUGGACUCAUCGAUAUCAUCGCACCGGCACCAAGUUACUAUCCCAACUUUGAGCGACUGCGCAUCACAUUAAACGAUCCCUUGGAGCGUGUGAAAUGGCGCAGCAAACAGAAUCUGGACUUUGCCUAUUUGAUGGCUUAUGCGCAUGCUAAGGGCACGUUCUAUGUGCAGCUGGAGGAUGAUAUUUUGACCAAGCGACAGUUUAUCACCACCAUGAAGAAGUUUGCGCUCAUCAAGAGUGCUUUAACAAAGCCGGAUCAACCGGAAUGGUUUGUGCUCGACUUUUGUCAGCUCGGCUUCAUUGGCAAGAUGUUCAAGAGUGCCGAGUUGCCCUACUUAAUCACCUACUUUCAAAUGUUCUACAACGAUAAGCCAGUUGAUUGGCUGCUCACGUACUUCAUAGAGUCGAAAGUGUGUCGCACGGAUAAGGAUCAAAAGCAUUGCAAUCAGGAGAAGGCCAAGUAUUGGCAGCACUUUCGCAAAUCGCUAUUCCAACACAUUGGCACAAGCUCCUCGCUAAAAGGCAAAGUACAAAAGCUAAAGGACAAACAAUUUGGCAGCAAAGUGCCCACAUUUUAUGCCCACACGCACAAUCCGCCAGCUUUGGUCAAGUCAAACAUUGCGCCAUAUAAAAACUUUUUGCUUAAACGUGCAUAUCGUGGAGAAUCGUAUUUCUGGGGUCUGCUGCCGCAGCCUGGUGACUUGGUGCAGUUCAUCUUUGAGCAGCCAACGCUGUUGCGUCGCUAUCUGUUUCGCAGCGGUAAUUCGGAGCAUCCGUCGGAUCGUUUCUACAACACCACUGUGGAGCUGCUGCCCGCCGACAGUCUGAGCGAAAACUCAUCCGUUUGGAGUACCUACAACACCACAACGGAUGGUUAUUUGGUUGUUGGCUCUUUCGAUAGCCUCGGCGUGGCCGAAGGAUCGCUAGAUCCCAAGAUUGGUGCCAUCAAGGAGUUGCGUCUGCAUGUGCACAGCGACAGCGAGAAUUGGGCGCUGCUCAGCGAAAUUGAGUUGCAGGAGUUGGGCAACAAUGCGAGCAACUCGGAGACGAAUGCGGCAAAGCCGCGUUUUGUGGCAGGGAGCUGAUUGUUGCAUCGCCAUCGGCAGCUGAGUGAUGAUUGAUGAUUAAAACGGAUGUCUACUACGAUAUUGAUAUAUUGAUAUUGAUGUGUCCCUAAUUGUAUCUCUAUUUGUGUGUCUGUCUACUGGAUGUCUGGUGUAAUUAACUGUGUGUAUAUUUUUUGAGCGCUACUUUUAAUGCCUACCAUCUAAAUGUGUAUAUAACUCUCUACCCUAUUUGUAACGAUCGUCGACUACUAUCAAUAAUUGCAAUUGCAACAACAAAAAGGUUUACGCGUUCAACAGAUAUUAACUCGAAUUUAUACAUUUCUCACACUCGCGUGUAAACCAAACUAAACUGCAAAGCAGCGUUUACCCGUCAAAGUAAUUAAUGUAAUUGAAGUUCUCCUUUGGAGUCUUUCAGUGAUUAAAUGUCAUGCUAAUAUCUGGCUCGUGUGAGUCCACCUUUUUGUAACUAGCAAUGUCAUAACUAUUAGAGUUUUGUGAAUUAACUGUCCUUCAUUCCCGCAUAUCCCAAGUGCCCCUUUCCAUAUUUAUACUAUACAUCCAACUAAAGUUUAUAAGAGGUGUAUGUAACUGCGAGCAAUUCGUUAUCCACUCUUUAUACACAACUAUUGUUAUUAUUAUUAUUAUUAUUCUUAUUUUUUUUGGUUGUUAUUUGCUAUGCAUUUCUUAGAGUUAAUUUUAAGUGUUAUUUCUUUAUUGAUUGGCUACUAUUUCGAAUCCAAACAUUCCGACUGUUUUCUGUUUGCUGAAUUUUAGAUGUACUUCUUAAUCAUACUCGAAACUCAUUUACAAAUUUAUUGUAUUCAUUUCGCAACAACUUUGUUUUCUAAGUUAUUGUUUAUAUUUUUAUUUAAGCUACAGUUACAUAUCAAUCGCAAUCGCAGUUAAAAAGAAAAUCGAGUAAACUCGGGCCAUACGAAUCGAAUUAGUAUGUAAUAAAAAUAAUAUUCAUAAAAAUAUACAAAAUUCAACACAUAUUCAUAAUCGAAUUCAUCGUAACAUGCGGAAGCGGACAUUUUUAGCAUUGUUGCUUUUUACUGUGAUUUGUUAAUAAUUUAUGCAUAUAAACCAUGAACAAACUAAACAUAACUAAUACAUUAUAAUAAUGUGUGUUUUUAUAAAUUAUAACAACAAUUGCUGAUUAGUAAUCUAAAUUCCAAAACAAAGUUUUUUACAAGAAAGCAAAAAAAAAGAAAAA